AUGGCUUAUCUGUUUAGUGAGGAUAUCACAAGCACAAGUGUGUACCAGGGGUAUGGUGGCAUCUUCACAUCCAGCCAGGGAGGGGGCUUGGUGGGCCCCAAAAAGAAGCAGCCCAAGUGGAAGCAAAGCAAAGGCAGCAGCAGCCCUUCCCCGGGCGUUCCCACCACUCCCUCCACAGCAGCUGCCCCGGAGCCCGCUGACUACCUGGACAGCUACAUGGGGGCGCAGCUCAAGGUGCUGCUGUCCCAAGUGAGCCUGGGCCUCACCCCCCGGCUCCGCAAGGCCAACACCAAGGAGGUGGGGGUGCAGGUGAACCCGCGGGUGGACGCCUCAGUGCAGUGCUUGAUGGGGCUCUGAACACUGCAGGGCAGCCGCCCGCAGAGGCCCUCAGCCCACUUCAGCCGGGCAGGCUCAGCCAUCUGCUCGCCCGGGUUGGACCGGCACCUCUUCACCUUGCCCGAGGCGGCCAGGCCUCAGGUGGUGCCGUCCACUCCCCCGGAGAGGAAGGAGGGAGCCGACGGGGAGCAGGUGGCGCUGCAGCCAGAGGAAGAGCCUGGCGAGAGGAGCCAGAGAGCGGACACCGCCCCUGCCCAGCAGUCGCAGCCGGAAGAGGAGAAGGGAGCCUCCGCGGGGACAAGAUCCGCCUUCCAGACUUGCUCAAAGACUCGUUGCUCCUGCCCCCAGAAGAAAAGACACAUUGACCUCAAGAGAACCCACCGCCAAGAGCUGUGUGGUCGCUGUAAAGGCAAGAGAUUAUUCUGUGACAACACUUACAGCUUUAAGUACAUUGUUUGA